AUCACUCGCCCUUCUCUGCCAUCUUUACCUUCAUAAGCGCAAUUCAACAAUUACGACAACUACAAGCAGCUCUCUCUCAAUUAGUCUCAAAAUGACGACAGCAGUCUCAGCAGAUUCUUACAAAGCCGAACCCCUCCACUCUGGUAAAAAGGUGCCGGAGUUUGGGAUGUUGAACGAAGUGCCUGAGUCGCAGGUGUGGAAUAAUGAAGAAGGCAAUUAUAAGGGGCAGGCUUUGGAGGACAUUGGCGCUGAGGUGCUGCCACUCAUUGAUCUGGCCAAGGCCGAUGCCCCUAAACUGGUGAAGCAGUGUUGCAAGAGCAGCGGAUUUUUCCAAAUCACCAACCACGGCAUUCCCCUUGCCGUCCUCCAAAACAUGGAGUCCGCCAGCGUAGACCUCUUCUCGUUGCCGAUGGAACAGAAAAUGAAGGCGGCGCGUGAGCCCGGUUCCCUCACCGGCUACGGCACCUUCCCGAUUGCCUCCUACCUCCGACAGAACCUCUGGUCCGAAUGCUUAACCGUCUUCGGAUCCCCACUCCAAGAUGCCCAUCAAAUUUGGCCGGAUCAGAGUCAGGAGCACUCCAAAUUUUGUGAUGUGGUUGAAGAAUACAAACAAAAGAUGAGAGAACUAGCACUGAGGAUUUGGUCUUUAGUACUAGAGGCACUGCGCAUUACCAAAGACGAUAUUGAGUGGGCUGGUCCAAAUCGAGACUUCGAGGGUACCGACGGGGUCUUAAACCUAAAUUUCUACCCAGUUUGUCCAGAGCCAGAGCGGGCUAUUGGUGUCCCACCCCACACCGAUUCAAGCCUCAUCACACUUCUGCAUCAGAGUAGUACCAGUGGGCUACAAGUCUUCCUAAAAGGAACUGGGUGGGUCUUGGUCCCGCCCAUGACCGGUGCCCUUAUUGUCUUCGUGGGCGACCUCCUCCAAAUAAUGUCCAAUGGAUUGUAUCGGAGUCCUCUUCACAAGGCAGUGGUGAAUCGCGCGGAAAAUCGCCUCUCUUUUGCAUUUCUUGUUGGGCCUCCACGUAUUGCUCAAAUUGGGCCCCACCCUAAAAUUGUGGGCCCAUCUAACCCACCUUUAUAUCCGACCGUGACUUGGAGUGAAUUCCUCAGUCUCAAGGCAAAGUUUCGAAAUGAUACCCUUCCAUCAAUUCAACUUGUCAAUUCUGAAAAUGAUUCUACAGAAAUAGGAAUUAAAGAGCCAUAAGAAUGGUAACAAUAAUAAUAAUAAUAAUAAUAAUAAUAAUAAUAAUAAGGUGCUCAUGAAUAAUGUUGGAUUUUCAAUUAGAGUGGACUUUUGUCGAAUAUUAAUUAUUUCUUAUAAUAACUAAAUCCAAAACAUUCUUAUUUGGUAAGAAA